UAUAUUUUGUGACAGCACAAAAAUAGUAGUUGUGUUUUUUUUUUAUUUUUAUUUUUGUGCGCUUUUUUUAAAGGAUUCUAUUCUCCGCGAAUUCCCAUGGCCAAAUGAGUCAAACGUCGAUGAUAUGGAUAAUCUAGAAUCAAAAACUCGUAAUAACAUCCCGAAACACAUAUCCUCGGAUUUAAUAACUCUUCCUUUUAUAUGUGUUUUGUUAUUUAUUAUUCUAAUAAUUUUGGAGAAAUUUUUCAAGAACGAUAGUAAUCAUUAUGCUUCAGCUACCAACAUAUCCAUACCUAACGAUCUGCCAAUGGUAUAUGCAAACACCAGGAUAACAGAUCCUUUACAUUCCUGUGGUGAUACAUUUUUUUCUCAAGAAAUUCUUCAACCAAGUAAUCCUCUUCAAUCUAUGUGCGUGAAGUCACAGCAAUCGAAGAAUUUGAAUUUACCGGGCUCUUCGAUUACGAAGGUACAUUCUGAACAUUUGCAACAUUCUCAAAGCACGCAAACGAGCUUGAGAAUUUUAAGUAAAGCUACUAAAUCACAAGAAUGGGUUGUACGACGUACCAGAAGUGGUCAAAUUUAUGGAAAAUAUCCUGUAUAAAUGAUAAAAACGUUUCUCUACUGUAGAAUUAUUUUCUUUCUUUCUUUUUUUUUUUUAUUGACAGGAUUGUUUUUAUAUUUAUUGGAUUUUACUGAUUAGCAAUUUUUAUAUUUUUUUAUUUUAAUAUCUCUCAUUUUGUAUAACAAAAUUUAUUUAUUUAUUUAUAUAAGAAAUUUGCAUUUAUAACCUUUUAAUUUCAUAUGCAUUUAUAUACAUCUUUUUAGUAUGAUUAUUUACAUCGAUUAGGAUUAUGCUACGUUUCUUUGUAUAUGAAUUUGUGCAGACUUGUGUAUUAAAUUUAUCUUUUUUAUUGAUAUAAAUUUU